UUCCCCCUUCUUUCUACGGAUACAUCUUCUUCAACCAAAAAAAUCUCACCACAAGACCUCCUUUUCAUCCAAACCCCCCUCUUCCAUGCUCUCUCAAAAGAUAUCUAAAGAAAACAGUACCCAAAAAAAUGUCGGAAAAUCUUUGCCUUCUUUGUCACUUUAUCUUGGGAAAAGGGGGAAGUGGGAAAUAGGUGUGGAGGGUUUUACAUCUCUUUUUAUUUUCUUGGUUGGAGAGAGGAAAAAUGAGAGAGUAAGAGAGAUCAAGAAGCGAGUCCUUUGCCUUGCCUUGCCUAGAUGGGAAGUCCUUUUUUUUUUUUUACUAAUUUUAUUCGCCUUCUUUUCUUGUUUUUACUUGUUUCUGAAAUGUUCACGUUCCGAAAGGGGGGAGAAGAAGUUGGAAGAGGGGAAACUUGGAGAAAUGAGAUGUGUGUGCUGUAUGUAUGCUUUGCGUAUGAUUUUUUGUAAUGCUGAUUUUGGGGAGAAACGCAAGUUGUACGGCGUCAAUUCCAACCUCCUUUUUCUGCCCACAUCGUAUUUCAUAUUUCAUUUUUCUUUCACGGGGGAAAAAAAACCAAUAUGUAGCAUUUUUUGUACACGAUCAGAGAGACCUUUUUUUCUUCAUUUGUUUUUGCAAUGUAGUAUUAAACCUCGUCAGCCAUCGUGAGUGAAAUACCUAGAACACUUUUGCCGCCCUUCAAAACGGCCAUACAUAACCACAAAUGACCCGUAAAGCCUCCCUCUCCCUCCUAUACGGUCAACAUUUGAAAUGAUGCCAUGCCCUGCGCCUCCGACGCUUAGUUCGCCCUAUGUAGAUGAAAAAUGAAAAAAAAGUC